AUGGCUGGAGAAGCCGUUCGCCCAAGAGGUGCAAAGUGGAGGCCAUGCCGCGCUGGGAAGGUUUUUGCAUUGGCCGCUGUGGCUGGCACAUCCAUGGCCUUCCUGGGGAUGUCCCCCAUGCGCCAGGGAUACAGAGGCCAUUUUGCGGGUCGAGCUGAAGCGGUGGAGAGGCUGCAGAACUUGGCCCGAGCGGCGGAGUACAGCAGCCUCAAGGUUGCCGAGCUCAAAGAGAUGCUCGCGGAGCGCGGGCUCAAGGUGAGUGGCCGCAAGGCCGAGCUGAUCCAGCGGCUAGAGGAGGACGACGAGGCGGAAGAGGAAGAGGAGGAGGAGCUGGAGGAGGAGGAGGAGCCGGAGGAAGAGGAGGAGGAGGAGCUGGAGGAGGAGGAGGAGGAGCUGGAGGAGGAGGAGGCGGAGGAAGAGGAGGAGGCGGAAGAAGAGGAGGAGGCGGAAGUGGAGAAGCCGAAGAAGAGCUCCAAGUCAGCGUCCUCCGAGUCAGACUUCAAGGCGGGGCAGCUGGCCUUGGCCAAGUUCCACGAGGACGAGCGGUUCUACACCGUGAUCAUCAAGAAGGACAACGGCGACGGCUCCUUCAACAUCGUGUGGCUGGAGGACGAGGCCCAAGACACCGCCAACCUCGAGGACUUGAGGCAGCAGUCCAAAGCGAGCAUCAAGAAGGGGGACCUUGUAGUCGCCAAGUGCGCGGAGGAUGGACGACGCUACACCGGCAUCGUCCAGGAGAACCUGGGAAAGGGCUACCUCACCGUGCAGUACCUAGAGGAUGAAACGGAAGAGGAGGUGAUGCUGGACAAUGUGUGGAAGCAGCAGAAGAAGUUCAAGGAUGGCCAGAAGGUGGAAGCCAAGUUCGAGGACGGCGAGUACUACCCGGCCACGGUGAAGAAGAACGUGUCCCCGGGGAAGUACUUGGUAGAGUGGGAAGAUCCCGACGGGAGCGACCCGGAGACCGAGCUGCUGGUGGACUUCAUCCAGGUUCCCAGGGUGGGCAUCGACACCUUGAAGCUGGGGCAAAAGAUGGCGGGCACCGUGAAGCGCGUGCUGAACUUCGGGGCCUUCGUGGACGUGGGCUGUUACACCGAUGGCUUGGUGCAUGUCUCGAAGAUGGCCAACGAGCGAGUAGAUAACCCGGAGGACUAUGUGUCGGAAGACGACGAGAUUACCGUUUGGGUCAGUAGCAUCGAUCCCGAGAAUCAGCGGUUGGGCCUCACAAUGAUAGUGGUGCAGGAUUUCGUCCAUCCACAGGGAACAACCAGCCGCUGGCAGCCUGGCUGGGGCUCGGCCCGUUGGGAGGGCAAGGUUGGCGGCGGCGGCGGCGGCGGCCGACGGAACAGGGAGGUCACCCAUCCUGUAGCAGACAUGGAGGUGGGAGACGAACUGGAUGGAGUGGUCGAGUCCAUCCGGGACUUCGGCGCCUUCGUGGACGUCGGCUCGGAGAGGUCCGGGCUGGUACACAUCUCCAGGCUCUCGGAAGGUUAUGUUGACGAUGUACAUGACUAUGUGGAGGAGGGACAGGAGGUGAAGGUGUGGGUGAGCAACAUCGACGGCGAUCGCAUCGGCUUGUCCAUGGAUCUGAGCCAGCGCCGGCUGAAGCCAGUGGAGCAGUUGCGGAGCGCCGGGAACAAGUUUGGCGAGGUGGCCAUGCUGCACAAGCUGGCAACGAUGUCGCCCUUCCCGGACUAUGCCCUGAACACCGCCCAGGCCGCGCUGACGAUGGCGCAGAAGUCCGGCUUGGCGGGGCUGGAAAAGGCCUUAAAGAAGACCUUGACGCAGCUUUACGUGGCCAAGGGCAAGAUCGACAAGGCUCCGGACCGGCGCGACGCCUUGCUCUUGCUGCAGGACCUGGCGCGGGAGCUCGAGAAGAAGGAUGGUGAUGGCUUCGAUGAUGCCAACAAGAACAUGGAGACCUAUUGGAUGGCGCUGACGCAGAGCGAUGUGGAUGCGGCCAUGCAGAAGGUGAUCUCGCGGGAUCCCGCGGCGUACCUCGAGUUCCUCAAGGAGCACGGCGCCAACGUGGGUGGAGAGAAGAAGAAAGAAGCCAAGCCCGCCGAGGACAUUCAGGGCUUGGGCCUGAAGCCGAAGAUGAGGACGGGCCCGAAGCCCUACCUCUACGUCAGCUUCCGGAUCGGUGGCAUCGCCUACGGCCCGAGGUACCGAUGCUGUGACUUGCCCAUGGCUAAUGCAUACGACCCCACCGCUGCUGUGGGCGUCCUUACUCUGCAGGACAUCUCGGACGACUGGGAGCGCGAGCUGCAGUACAACCCCAGCAUCCUGGACUGCUCCCUGCAGAACGGCGCAGCGGGGCUCUACACACAGGACCUCUCCGGCAACUGA